UUGUCGGUGUCUUUCGUUCAUCUUCUCUCUGGCGAUCGUGUGAAUUAUUUACUUAUUGGCUCUUGUUGCUGCGGACGUAGUGACGAUCUGCGGCGUGUCACUUACACGCGGGUCCCUCUCCUGCCUCACCGAGCCACCUCUCUGUGAUACUAUUUUCCAACCAAUUGCGCCAACAACAAUACUAGUAAGCGUACGUUGGGUCUCCUAUGAUUGGCGUCGCUGCUGUCGUCUAUAGCCGCACAGGUACCGUCAUAAUCCGCAUUAAGCAGAACCUAGCUACAGUUACUGGCGUGUUCGGCGGCUUGUUAACGCGGUCAGCAGCGAGACUUAAUACGGGGACAACCGUAAAAGUAGACGACAGUAAAACAAUCGGCUACUUGUUACUUUCUGUUUGACUGACUUCAGCGGAUUGUUGUUGUUGUCGUCGUCGGACGAGAACCGGAUAAGAGCGGCAACGGCGAAAACCUGCAUCGAUUCUACCGUUUUGAAGCCAUUCUACGUAUAGCUAGCUAUACGGCGGCGAUGUUGUUGAACACGUGGCAGAAGAUAUUACGCGACCCUGCAGCGCGUUUACAAGCGGAUCAGUGAAGUCGGCGUGUGUCAUCUAUGCAGGUUUGCUCGGCGUACGUCUGUCUACGAUCGGAGUGGAACAGGAGAAGAUCUAUAAACAGUAAAAUGAACGCCAGCUGGUCCUGAGGUCUAAUAAUUGUGGACGUGCCGUAUUCGUAUUUUAGCAAACGAGUUAUAACGAAGAGCCGGAAGGAUUUCUACCAUGAAAUUAGGAUACUGGAAUGUACGAGGGCUUUGCUCGCCAAUUCGUUACCUGCUCGAGUACGUCGGCGCAGAAUACGAUGAGGUUCGUUACGAAACUUCCGAUGCUCCCAAGUGGCAAGACGAUAAGACAUCACUGGGAAUGGAGUUCCCCAAUAUACCUUAUCUAUUCGAUGAUGACGACCUCAAAUUGACACAAUCAAUGGCUAUUCUCCGGUAUUUGGGCGGAAAGUAUCAACUGACAGGUGUCCAGCUCAAUUCAAGCAGAAGUCCUCUCCAGCAGAAAGCUAUCGUCGAUAUGGUUGAGCAGCAACUCCAUGAUCUAAGGAUGAGCUAUGUAUACUAUGGGUUCGGCGUUAAGGACGAACUAGACUGGAUAGCCCCCGAAGGCCUGAUCAAGGCGAUUCCGCGUUUCCUAAAGCCAUGGUCGAAUCGUCUGGAAAAUCGUCGCUUCCUGUUUGGCGACGAAAUCUCGUACGUGGACUUCCUUCUAUUCGAAAUACUCGAUAUCUUCCAAAUUUUAGACGCUGGGGUGAUUGAUACGCCGGAAACAAAAUCGCUUCGUACAUACUACAAUCACGUACGCGCUCUCCCUAAGCUGAAGGCGUAUCUCGAGUCGGAACGACACAUCAGUUGGCCAGUGUUUGGGCCCAGCGCAGAAGUUUGGGGACAUAUAAAAUAGAUAAGAUAGACCAUAGCAUCGAAUAGAACGAGUCCUUUUGACUUCCUUCGACAUAAUUUCCGCUGCGCUAUAAAGCUGCUCGGAUAUUAAUGGACAUGAUGAAUGAUAAUUUUAUGUGAGAUAUAUACAUAAAACAUUAACAUGUGAGGAAUAUAUAGCUACGGCUUCAUAAUAAGGAUUAAUAAAUGGGCAUGGUGCGUGAUGCGCUUUACUCAGAGAACCACUCCUA